CUGUAAAAAAUAUUUCUUGAAAAAAAAAUGUAAAUAAUAUUAUUUUAAUCCCUCAGCUUUCACACUAUGUAUCACUUUUAUUAAUUAAGGAACUAGAAAUUGCCUACACCCGAUGGGUGUGUGGGUAGUUAUGCUUAUAUGAGUGGGUAGUUUUAGGAAAUUCUUUUAGUUAAUUUUUUUCAUGGGUCCUUGACCCAAAGCACCAAAUGAGCAAAAAUUAUCUCACUUACCCUACCAACAGAUUUUUAUUCCCACUAGCCCAAUUUAAACUGAAAUGACAAUUUUACCCUCAAUCUAAUUAAAAAACUACAACACUGCCACUCCUCAUCUCUCUCUCUAGCACGACCCGUCGCCGGUACUUCUCUCUCUCUCUCUCUCUCUCUCUCUCCAGCAUGAUGCUAGUGGAUUCCCACGGCGACGGCGUUUCCGGUACUACAUUUCAGGGAAGGCAGAGCUAUGGAAGAACUUGGUAGCCGAGCUUUUGGAGCCUUCUUCGAUUCCGGUGACCGAGCCGAUCGAUCUAAAAGACGACACUGCAACGAAUCGAAGACGGAAGGUCCAGCCUUCUUCCCUGCACUCAUCCCUCCGUCGGCCUUCUUCUUCGUUGUUUUCCAGCACCGACGUCGUCGUCAUCUUCGGCAUCGCCGGCGUCAUGUUCUGCGUUUUUACUUUCUCUCUCUCUCUCUCACUCUUUUUUAGUUGCUAAUUCCUUUCGUUUUGAAAUCUAAGGUUGUGAUUGAACGAUUUUGUGGGUGCAGAUCAAUCAAAAGAAAUUAUGAUGGAAAAAUUCUGAAACCGGGGAAGACAAACAAAGAAGUAAGGGUUUCCGAUGGUCUGCAACUGGGAAAGAAGGGGGAAGAAGAAGACUGGGGGCCCAAAUCAAUUUUUUUCUUUUCUUUUUAAGUAAUGGGGCAGAAGGAAAGCAAAAAAAAAAAGUUUUGAAUGUCUAUUGGGGGGCAAUAGACGUCUAUUAGAGGACAAUAGACGUUUUGAAUUGAUAUAAUCUCUUCAUUUUUUUUCUUUAAUCAAAGUUUUAUUUGUCUAAUUUUAAGAAGAUUAGUUCCCAUUCCGGCGACCGAAAGUUCUAUUGGGGGGCAAUAGACGUCUAUUGGGGGCAAUAGAGGUUUUCAGAAAAAUCCGGUGGGCGGCUGCCGGUGACGGGAAUUCGGCGAAAAUUGGCUGGAAUCCGGUGAAAGUUGGCCGGAAUCCGACGACUGGCUCCGGCGAAGUCUCCUAUGUCUAUGGCAGGACAUGGUGAUGAUGGUAAUGCUAAUAAACAUCCGCCGCCGCCUCCACCCCAGAAAACGCCAUCACCGGCUCCAGUGAAGUCACCGCCACCAGCUCCGGCACCUCGAGCAAAUGCACAGGCACCGGCCCCCCGAGGGAAUGCACAGGCACCGGCCCCCCGAGGGAAUGCACCGGCUCCAACACCACUAGCAAAUGCACCGACUCCGGCACCCCGACCAAAUGCACCAGCUCCCCCACCCCCACCCCCUGUACCUGCUCCACCCCCGAAUAAUUCUUCAGACGAAAACAACUCUUUGUUUGGCUUGAUCCUUCUACCUGCUGCUCUGGCAGCCGCCGGCGCCGGGGCUGGUGCUGGCUUUAGUGGCGCCGCUGCCAUAGCUAGCUUCGAAGCUGCAGCUGCCUCUGCAGCUGCAACAGCAGCUGCAAACAUCCUCCAAGAACUUUUAAAACGUAACAAAAAUGAAACACCGCCGGGUAAGAAUCAGUGCACAUGCUCGUCAGGUGGGAAGGAACCUCCUCCGGCUAGGACCUCCCCUACUCCACCAUCUCCAAUCAAACCUUCGACUCCACCAGCUCAAGGAAGGUCACCACCUUCGCCACCUCUGAAAAGGGCACCACCACCUCCCCCACCUUUAAAAAAGGCACCACCACCACCACCAUCGGAGGAAGAAGAUGGAGAGACACCAGCUCCUUCACCUCAAGAUGACAACUUAUUGGCUCCAUCACCUUUUGUGGACGCACCCUCUCAUUCACCUCUAGCAAACACACCUGCUCCUUCACCUCUGGCGAGUGCACCCGCUCCUGUUGGCGGCGCUGGCGCUGGCGGAUACAAAUCCAAAGCUGGAGCUGGAAAGACCAUCCUUGGCGGCGGUAUUGGAAAAACCAUCUCAGACAUGGGUAGCCAUGAGACCGGUGAAAAUUUAAACACUAAGGUAAUAACGCCCCACACGCGUCAGUGCAGGUGCCCUAAAUCUCCGGCUAUGACCUCCCCCAUUCCACCAUCUCCAAUCAAACCCUCGACUCCACCAGCUCAAGGAAGGUCACCACCUUUGUCACCUCUGAAAAAGGCACCACCAUCUCCCCCACCUUCAAAAAAGGCACCACCACCUCCACCAGCUCCAGCACCUCAAGAUGACGAUGAUGUGGCACUAGCUCCCGCACCUCAAAAUGACAAGGCUUCUGUUGCAGAUUGCAUAACGUUAUGUGAUCAGAGGUGUGCGCUUCACCGAAAUAAGAAAGUGUGCACGGAUGUAUGUAUGAUUUGUUGUGACCGCUGCAACUGUGUUCCACCCGGACCUUCUGGCAGCAACAAGGAAACAUGCGGCCCCUGCUACACUCAAAUACUCAUCCAAGAAUACAAGUACAAUUGUCCUUGAAAUAAAAUAGCUAGCCGCAUUUUUUAAACGCUAUAUGUUUCAUCAAGCUAAACAAUUCUACUACUAUAUUGAGCUUAUAAAAAAUUAAUAAUAUUAAAAGAAAUUUUAUUCA